GGUGCGUGUGUGCGAGUGUGCGUGCGGGUUUAGGGGGGGUGGGGGCUGUGUCUGAACCAGUUAGGAAGAAUGACUCUGGAGUCCAUCAUGGCGUGCUGCCUGAGCGAGGAAGCCAAGGAAGCCCGGCGGAUCAACGACGAGAUCGAGCGGCAGCUGCGUCGAGACAAGCGGGACGUAAAGCAUAUCCUUCUUAUUUGUCUUGCAGGCACAGGAGAGAGUGGCAAAAGCACAUUUAUCAAGCAGAUGAGAAUCAUUCAUGGAUCAGGUUACUCUGAUGAAGACAAAAGGGGCUUUACAAAACUGGUGUACCAGAAUAUAUUUACAGCAAUGCAGGCCAUGAUCAAGGCCAUGGAUACCCUCAAAAUCCCAUACAAGUGUGAAAAUAACAAGGUUCAUGCACUAUUAGUUCGAGAAGUUGAUGUAGAGAAGGUGUCAAGUUUUGAGAACCCGUAUGUAGAUGCAAUAAGAAGCUUAUGGAAUGACCCUGGAAUUCAGGAGUGUUACGAUAGACGACGGGAAUAUCAAUUAUCAGAUUCAACUAAAUACUAUCUUAAUGACUUGGACCGCAUAGCAGAUUCCACCUAUCUGCCAACCCAACAGGAUGUGCUCAGAGUUCGAGUCCCGACAACAGGGAUCAUUGAAUAUCCAUUCGACUUACAAAGCGUCAUUUUCAGAAUGGUGGAUGUAGGAGGCCAACGAUCAGAAAGAAGAAAAUGGAUACAUUGCUUUGAAAAUGUCACAUCUAUCAUGUUUCUAGUAGCUCUUAGUGAAUAUGAUCAAGUGCUUGUGGAGUCAGAUAAUGAGAAUCGAAUGGAAGAAAGCAAAGCCCUCUUUAGGACAAUUAUCACAUAUCCAUGGUUCCAGAACUCUUCCGUUAUUCUGUUCUUAAAUAAAAAAGAUCUACUAGAGGAGAAAAUUAUGUACUCCCAUCUAGUUGAUUAUUUUCCUGAGUAUGACGGACCACAGCGGGAUGCACAAGCAGCACGAGAGUUCAUCCUGAAGAUGUUUGUAGACCUGAAUCCAGACAGUGACAAAAUUAUCUACUCUCACUUCACAUGUGCUACAGACACAGAGAACAUCCGCUUCGUCUUUGCUGCUGUCAAGGACACAAUCCUACAGUUAAACCUGAAGGAGUACAACCUGGUCUAACUGUAUCUGGGGGGUCCUCCCAAACCUACUUUCCGUGAUUGAAGAUACGCAAGAGGGACUGUAUUAUAAUCUGUGAAAACAAUUUGCAUAAUACUAAUUUAUUGCCGGCCUGGACUCUGUGAAUGUACACAGAGUUUGUAGUUAAUAUUAUGGUUUUAUUUAAAGUAUAUGGAGGAAAAACAAAAGAUGCUGAAAUACACUCACAGCACAUUUCCUCAUUUUUUAGGCAAAACCUUGUGACUCAAUGUGUUUCAAAUUCUCAGUCGUACAUUUACAAAGGAUAGCAGUUUUCUGCUAUUGAAGCAAAAUCGAGCUGGUUUCCUGUUUCCCUAAACCUUUAUCUCCCUCUCCUUUCCUACUUUCCUUAUCUUUUAAAAGGUACAAUUGCCUUUUUUUUUCUCCCAGUUGUGUUCCUGGGUGAAAUAUUUUCUGUUGAGUGAUUUGGUCAGGAAAACACUAGCAUCACAGUUUAAGUCAUCAGUCAUUCUAAUUUUACAGUAUGUACUUUCUUUGAAGGAUCAAAAAGUAUUGAUACUGUGAUUUUUAAAUUCUUUACAUGGGUGUCUUCAUUCUGUCUUCACUUCUGACACUAGAAUACUGGGAUUGCAAAACAGAAUUACAGUCGUCUAAGGAUAAUAAAUUUUACCAUAGUUUUACAGUUAAGAAAGGUGCACAGAAGACAGUAAUGAAGUAAUUAAGAGAGAAUCUGGAAUGUACAUGGAAUAUGAUAGAACCUCUAUUUAAUUGCCAUGUGCCAUUUUUUCUCUCACAAAUGCCAAAUAGAAAAGUCAUAGACACUACAUUUUCCCCAGUAACUACAGCCUGAACAGUGUUUUUCUCAGUUGUGUGGGGUGUUUUUUCUUAAGUUAGAGCUUUUUUAAGUGUUCUUUUUCCACAGUAGAAAAAUUAUUUUUAUUGUACAAAAUUCUUGUUGCCAAAUCUGGCUUUUUAUAAAACCAAUGCUCUUGAAACAUAAGAUACUGAUUGAAAUGCCAAAUGGAUGGGCUGGGGACUGACCUGAUUGAAUGAACUGCCAAAUGAUUGACACACACAGUUUCAGCUCAUGUGUUCCCUUUUUUAGAAAGUGUACCAUUUUCUAAUGCCAAAACCAACAUGUAAGUGAAUAUGCUAUGAGGUGUACCAUGCACCCACAUGUAGUCUAGUAAUUCAAAGACAGUUUAGAUCUGUUAUUUUGUCAGUUAUGACAUGAGGUUUUUUUCUGUAAUAAUGUCAGGGCACCUUCAGUUGUAUUACAAGAAGUUAUUGAUGAGAGAUAUGUUCGGAAACCUUUUCACAUAGGGUUGAUUGUUAAUUAUUCACAGGCAUUUGAUAGGCUUUCCUGCAAAACAGCCUUUCUCAAUGCUCUUUAGAAGAGAUUUAUAAAUGCAAAUGAAGCAAUGAGAAAACCAUUCUUGAAACUUAAAUGUGCAAUUCUUUAACAACAAAAGUGCAGCACACAUUGAUGAGCCUUUAUUCUGCAGCUUAGGUUGAAAGGUGUUUUUUGACCCGGUGCAUGAUUGCUAGUGAGAAAACUCUAUAGAGUUCAGACAUGUGAUUGGAUUGAUUAUCUAUAAUGCCAACUGGCACUAGAGUGCACUUAAAGCAAAAACAGCUGCCACAUACAUAGCAGUGGAUGGGAGGGGGAAAAAAGAAUGGCUUAUUAGUUAAUUACCAAAGUUAACAAUAAAUACGAAUGAGAUGUGUUUCAUCCUCAACUCUCUCAAAUCCAAAAGAAUGAUAAUAAGAACAGUUGCUAUUUUUUGCUCCCUCUUAAACACCUUGUAAUUUAAAACUGGUUGUAGGUAUAGUGCAAUUAUGAAUGCUAUAAUCAUUGUACAUACAUAUAUAUAUAUAUAUGGCAGCAUCCAUAUUGGCUU